AUGGACGAUCAAUCUACAAGUGUAUCAAUUAUUGAGGAACUACCAUCGGAUUUGAUCCUAUGUAUCCUUAAAUCCGACUGCUUGAGCGUGUCUGAUUUUGCUUGUCUGGAGAUAACUUGCACUACAUUCGGUAGAAUUAGAGAAGAAUAUCUUCAUGACCCAAUACUAUUAAUAAAGUUCCGAUCUUUAGUUGAUUUGGCAGUGUUUCGCCUAUGUGAAUCUCAUCCAAUAUACUCAUGUCUGAAGGAAACUCAAAAAAAAAAUCUUUUGCGAAGGAUGGGCAACAACUGGAAGCAAGCAUUGAAUUUCUUGCGUUCUGUUGAAGAAUCCUCCUCAGAUAUUGUUCAGAGUAAAUUAAGAUCAGGUAAUUAUAUAAAGGUGAUAGCAGGAAUUCUUUUUACAAUUGUGUUGAAGGAUUAUUCGGUGUACAUUUCGGGUACUCAUUCUUUGUGUGGCCUUUUAUUGGAUAAGUAUGUCAAGUAUGGACGGGUUGACUCGUUUACUCGGAUUAACUUUGACAAGCUUUUAUCAUCAUCAUCAUCAUGUCAUGUGGAUAAUAUACUAGUCUAUGACGUCUCUGCCCUGUACCGUCAUGCUGCUUUUAUUACGCAAUCAGGAGAGGUUUUUACAUGUGGUAACAAUUCGUCGGGUUGCUGUGGGGAUGGCGGUGGCGGUGGCGGUGGUGACAUUGACAAUCGCAUCCUUAGACCUCGGCUUGUGGAAGGCGCAUUGAAGGGAAUCCCUUGCAAACAAGUUGUAGUCGGUUAUAAAUUCACUGUGUUUCUUACAAGAGAUGGACGAGUAUAUACUUGUGGGAGAAACAAUCACAGUCAGCUUGGUCAUGGUGAUAGCGUGGAUAGACCGACACCUACCAUAGUAGAAUCGCUAGUAGAUUGUGUAGUAGUUCAAGUUUCAGCUGGUCUAACUUUCACAUUAGCUGUAACUAGCGAUGGCAACUUGUAUUCAUUCGGCUCGGGCGAGGACGAUGGGUGUUUGGGUCACGGAGUUGAGCAGAAUGAGCUACGCCCCUCGUCUGGUUGA